AGAUAUUGUUUAUAAGCAGAUACAAUUAUAUAUUGUCUAGAAGCAGACGUUGUUGAACUUCGGUAUUUUCCGAUUAUUUUUUUUUUAGACCUAGCUAUUUAUAAAACUAAAGGAAACGAAUUGUCCUGAAUGAAAGCCUCUCCUUAAUACCAUGCAGAUCUUACACAAUGGAUUCAAAUAAAAUAACCACAGUGCCAGAUACAGAGGAGUCGUCCUUGAACUCAAUCAAAGAGAUAACCCAAAAUGACCUGGUAGUUAAAUUACAAAGAGAAAUGUUGUCUGGUUUUUCAAAGAAUAAGAAAAGUAUCUCUAACACUGAUCUAUCUAUGAAAACACCGAAACAAGAAAUUGACUUAUUUCUGAUAGGCAAAACCGGAAACGGAAAAAGUGCUCUCGGGAAUUCCAUCCUCGGACGAAAAGCUUUUGUCAGCAGAGCAUCGUUGGACUCUGUGACGGUAAAUGUUACUUACGACGUUGAUGAGCGCAAUGGAGUAAAAAUCAAAGUCGUAGACGGACCUGGAGUUGGAGACACAAGACUGGAUAAGAAAGAGGCAGUCAAAGACAUUUUAGAUAAGGUAGCCACGGCUAUCUCUAUCAACCCACAAGGCUAUCACGCAUUCCUGCUUGUUCUGAAGUAUGGAGCUCGCCUAACAGAAGAAGAACAGGAUGCAAUUCAGUUCUUAAAGAAAAUAUUUGGUGAGCGUUUCUUUAACAAGUUUUGUGUUAUUGUAAUGACCUGUGGCGAUAACUUUCGGGAUGAUGACGUAAAGGACUUCGGAAAAUGGGUCUCUGCUCAAACGUGUGCCAAAUUUCAAGCAUUGCUGAAAGACUGCAACAGUAGAAUAAUUCUCUUCGACAACAAAACCAAAGAUGACGCCAUCAAACAGGACCAGCUCAAUCAAUUACUUCAGAUUAUUUAUAAACUUCAGAAAGACAAUUGCCGAUACUCUGAUGAGCAUUUUCAGUCUGCGCAGACAGCGCGAGACUUUUUACUUUUAGAGUCUGAGAAAGAGAUCAUCUCUGAAGAUAUAAUGACUGAGGCCAAUUUGAUCUUUCUCAAAUUCCAGGAAAUUAUAAACAGCAUAGAGCCGUCCCUUUGCAAUCAUUAUCUAAACGAAUUGUAUGAAAGGACGAAUGAUUUGCUCACAAAGAUAAAAGACAAAGAUAAAGGUCUAGGGGUAUUGCACGAAUUAGUCAGUCACGUGGUGUCACUGGGAAGCUCUAUCAACGACGAGAUCAGACUGUCAGUAAAGCUGGAAGAAGAGAGAGAGAAGUUCCAGAGGAGAAUAGAAGAGGACGCCUUAUCCCAUGCAAUGAUUCUACAAAUGGAAAGAGAAGAGUAUCUCCGAGGAGGUAACCGAAGAGAAGAAGAAAAAAACCGCAUGCUAGAACAGCAAGUAGAGACCAUGAAAGAGAUGGAGGCCAAAUGGCAAAAAGAGUUACAGGAAAUACAAGAGAAGGUCAAGGCACAGUGGGCUUUAGAACACCAGGACAAUAAGUUACAAGAUCUAGGGGAAGGCCUGCAGACUAUUAAAGUCAAACAAGCUGAACAGAUCAAAGAAAAAAUCAAAGGCGGCAUUUUUUCCAAAAUUAAACAAACUUUUAAAAAACGUGACAGGAAAUUAAAAGCAAAGAAACAAUAUGAAACGCUUUUAUCUGACGAUGAUGAAUAAAUUGAUUACCAUUUUACAGCACAACUGUAUUGGAAACAGGUAAAGAAACCGAUUACGAUUGUACAUUGUGUAGUUGUAUUAAUUAGUUUGAUCAGUCAUGUACAUUUGUAAUAGAUCAAGACCAAUAAAUCUGUGCGAUUUAUAAUAUUUUUUUUACCUACAGUUUUCGUUUAACGCUAUUUCCUGCUUUUAGCUUUCUCAAUACGCCGUAGUCCUAUCACUUAUCUGGAACAUUUCAAAACUAAUGGAGGUGGGGGGGGGGAGUGGAAUAGGCAUAAGGAGGGCCCCCACAUGGGACUUGGGCCUCCGGCCCCGCAUGAUAGGAGGAUUUCAUUUCGGGGCUUGGAGGUACGCGCAAUAUGACAAGCCGUGUGUUAUUACAUGAUCAUCAAGUCGCCGGGGGACUCCUGACAGAGGUGUUGGCGAAGAGCCAAUUUCUCAUCCUUGUCACGG